AUGCGCGAGAUAAGCCCACAGCCACAACAAUCAAACAACAAUGGCUUCCCGUCAAUCAAUCUAUCGAUCUUAAAGGAAGCCAUUGAUUUGGAUUACAAAGUCUCUCAGGAUAAAGGAAUCCAGCUCCGAAUGGCCAAAGCGGUUGCUGGGCAAAAUCUAUUUCCAGGCCGGUGCACAACCAUGCCUGGCGCAGAACCCUUGACAUCACCACUACCCCCUCAACAAGUUCAGUCUUCCAACACCUUGGUCCCACCUCCUGCAUCGGGCAGUCCAAACGGUGAAAAUCAAAAUGGACUAGACACUCUUUUAUAUCUGUGCCAGAUUUUAGAGAAAAAUAGCAUCCCAUCCCCUUAUUUAAAAACCAUCUAA